GAGGAGGAGGAGGAGGAGGGAAGACAGCGGCACUUUUCCCCUCAUCUUUGCCUCUGCCAGAGUUUCUCCCGUGGAAGAAUGGGGGCUGGAGCUAUGACCAUCUGUCACAACAAGACAGCAGUGCUCGUUAAGGAAGACAUGAAGAAGAUGGUCCAGAUACCCAUACUGAGACCGAGGACAGUGGCGGUCAAGCACACCAAGUUGUUUGGAGCGUCCCUUUUGGAGCUGCAAGAAAAGGGUCUGGUGGUGGAUGGAGUACCAGCGGUGGUGCGGUGGAUGGUGGAGCAUCUUCGCAAGCAUGCGCUGCAUCAGGAAGGCCUGUUCAGAGUAAACGGGAAUGUCCGUGCUGUGGAGACCCUGAAGCAGCGCCUGGAGAGUGGUGAGGAUGUGGACAAUCUCUCUGCGUCGGACUCCUGUACCGUGGCCAGCUUGCUCAAACAAUAUCUCAGAGAUCUGCCAGAGGGUCUGGUAGACUCAAAAGUCCAACGGGCGCUGAUACAGCACUACCAAGAGUGCGGUGAGGAUGAUUCCUGGUCAGACAUCAGAGAUCUGCUUCAGCAGCUUCCAGACAUCCACCACAGCCUCCUGCGUUACCUCUGCCACUUCCUCACCGUUGUGGAGAGCAAGCAGGAGGACAACCGCAUGACUGCCUUCAACCUCGCCACUGUGUUCGGACCCAGUGUCUUCCACGUUGCUCCCACUUUCGAAGCAAUGAAGGACCAAAAUAUCUGUAACAAGAUCAUGAUCAAACUCAUCCAGAACUACAGCAGCAUCUUUGAGACCAGCACAGACAAAGACGACCACACAGAGUCGACGCUCAUCGUCGUCAAGGAGGCGCAUGUGACAGACGCAGACACAAAGAAGUCACCCGACCAUCUCAACGCAAAGACACCGACACCACUUCCCAGGAUGAAAAUGGGACACCUAAAUACACCAGGAAGCGCUGAGAGCCCACACGAAUCCUGCACUUACUCUCCAAAGGCGAAGACAAGGAAAAAGAAGGUGAGGAAGGGGAAGAGUGAAGGCCCGUGCCGAGUCCCCCCUCGGCCGAGUCCCUCCGCUGGGCUGCCGCAUGCGAGGCCGUUCUCCAUACCGAUAGUUUUGCCCCUGACCUCAGGCCUGAGGAGCCCCAGCCCAGAGGCGAUGGAAACGACACCUGUGCCUCCAACCUCAGACACUGGCUCUCAUGUCAGCCACCUCGAUGUCAGCCUCUCCGGCAGCAUGGAGGGCCUCAGCAGCUCCCAAGAAGAAGACAGGCCAAUAUCUCCUUUCUACAUGAGUAACCACCUCUACCCGGUCCACUGCAAACCAAAUGUGGUAAAUUUUCUGGACCGAACCAUACGCACAACAGUGGAGCAGCACCUGUUUGACGUUAACCCUUUAGAGGAGUCGACCGCGUGUCCUUCAAGUCCGAGGGUGACGCCAACUGCACGACAGAGACGUCGGCACCAGAGAGAGCAACAGGAGGAGGGCCUGAGACGAAGCAGGGCAGGCACCAACAAGGAGAACAUCCCGUCGAGCGGAGGCAGCAGCUCCGGCAGCGUCGGGGAGGACUCGCCACGCAGCAGCGUGGACUCGCAGGGAGGUCUGAGCGGUCACGCUGUGCCAACCAGAACCAGGAAAUCAAAACACAGCCCAACUCUGGUGCAGCUCACCGACAACCAGGCUGCCCACGCAUUCAAGGAAUGUGUUGCUGAGAGACCUGCAGAAAACCACAUGGAGACGAUUCACAAAGGGAAUGACAUUUCAAGAAAAGAUGGCCUUCCUUCAGCUUUACAGACGUUAAGGAUGAAGAUCCAGGAGUCGCCCGUCACUUGUGACACGGGGAGGGUCGGCGGCGGAGAGGUGCGAGCCUCGGACCCGGACUGCGACAAGACGAGCUGCGAGGACGUGCCUCGCCUGGACCUGACAGCGCUGACCGAGGACAACAACUGGGGAGAGUCACAGUUCUUUAGUGCCCCCUUCCUUGAUUUCAAAAGCAUUUUCCAUUCGAGUUGCUAUGAUGAACCAGUCCCGGCGUACUCGCUGCAGAGGGAGAGCAUGGACCGCGAGGAAGCUCGCCUCUCGCCUCACGCCGGGGGACGCCUGAUCCGCCAGCUGCUGGAGGAGGACAGCGACCCGAUGGUGUCCCCUCGCUUCUACGCCUACGGGCAGUGCCAGCAGUACCUGGACGACACCGAAGUGCCUCCCUCGCCGCCAAACGCCCACUCUUUCGUCAGCCGCAGGCGGAGUUCAUCUCUUGGCUCCUGUGACGAUGAGAAAGAGGAGCUGACCUCCGCCCAGCUCACAAAGAGGAUUCACAUACUGAAGAAGAAGAUCCACAGGUUUGAGGAGAGGUUUGAAGAGGAGCGAAAAUACAGACCUUCCCACAGUGAUAAAGUUGCAAACCCAGAAGUGCUCAGAUGGGUAAACGAGCUGGCCAGGCUUCGCAAAGAUCUAAAAGAACACAAGCUGAUGAAGUCUGAAGAGGACCUGCCGCCUCUGACCCGUCAGCGCAGCAACACGCUGCCCAAAAGCUUCGGCUCUCAGCUGGAGAAGAAACCUCAGCAGGAGAAGGUGCCGAAGCCUCCGGUGGAGAGCACCCUGGAGGUCAUUUUAAAGAAGCUGCAGGAGAAGCGGGAGGAGGUGAACCGCCCCGAGGACAUCAAGGAUAUGACCCGGGAGCAGAUCGGGGCAGAGAAAGUGGCCCUGCAGAAAGCUCUUCUCUACUAUGAGAGCAUACACGGCCGACCGGUGACCAAGAGCGAGAGGCAGAUCAUGAAAUCCCUGUACGACAGAUAUCGCCUGGUGAAGCAGAUCCUGUGCCGAGCCUCCACCAUCCCUGUCAUAGGCUCUCCCUCCAGCAAGCGCAGAGGUCCCCUCCUUCAGCCCAUUAUCGAGGGUGAAACCGCACUUUUCUUCGACGAUAUCAAGGAGGAGGAGGACGGCUCAGAGGACGACUGCGACUCAAAGACUCAGUUCACCGUGACCGUCCGACCCGACAUCAGCGUGCUCGGCUUCCUGGACCACGUGGAGGAGGAAGUGGACGGUUUCAUCUCGCCCGUCGACGAACUUUCACCCUCCAAGACCACGACGGACAUGAGGCUGUCCAACCUGCACUCGGCCACCAUGCAGGAACUCGUGGAGCAGCUCCAAGAGACGAGAGAGGAGAAGAAGAGGAUCCGCAAGAAUUUGAAAGAUUUCGAAGACCAGUUCUUCAGACAGAACGGACGAAACGUGCAGAAGGAGGACCGCUCCCCGCUGGCAGUGGAGUACAGCGAAUACAAGCACGUCAAAGCCAAACUGCGGCUGCUGGAAGUCCUCAUCAGCAAAAGAGACUCUACUAAGUUCAUCUGAGACAGAAAACAAUAAUAAUAAUAAAAAAAAAAAAGACUCUUUAGUGGACUGGUGCUCAAGUCUCCAGAUACAGUCAAACACAUCUCACCCCGUCGGAAGAAAAGAUUUUCUCUUCUCGUUAUCGUCUGCGCCGCUCUGAAAACAGAAAGCCUGUUAAUCCGCUCUGUGGAGCACAGCGGGCUUUUACCGGGACAACAGCAGAGAGUCCGGACCGGUUCAGAGCAGCACCUGCUUCACCUGAGGACCUCACCUUCAGGCCAAACUAAGCCACACACGCACAAAUAACCUGAAUCACACUUGUUUAGCUAAUAAUUUAUUUCAAUCCUUUUGAAUGUUUUUAUCAACACAGAAAUGUUAUUUUUCUCACGCCUAACUGUAGAAGUCUUAAAAAAAAAAAAACCCUGUUAAUAGUAGACAUGAAAUGAUUGCGAUUUUUAAAGAAGGAUUUUUGUGAUUAAGAUUUCUGUGUAUUUUUCUAAGGGAGUCGUUAUAGUAUUCACAAUGAAUAGCUUUCUCUAUUUCAGUUGUGACCAUCGUGUGUCUGAAAUAUUCUUAUGUUGCUUCUCUAGAAGUUUAAUGGAGUACUUGCUCACUAAAAGAAGUGGUUUCCUCUGUCACUAUGACCCAAAGACAGCAGCUCAGAAAACAAACAGCGAACCAAAACAACUCAGACAUUCAACAAAACAAAAGCUCGUCUUGUGACCACUCAUACGUCACCAUUUGACUGUAUAUUGUAUAAUGUGCUUUUCCUCCACAUUCACUUUACGUCAAAUAAGCUAUUAAAUCACUGGUAUGUGUUUGCUCACGCUGAUUAACACUGACAGGGCCAUUCGCAGAGAGGAGUCUGGGGGAUGGAAAUGGUCGUUGAAAGCUCAGUGCGUCUCUUUCUGGUUCUCUACGGAGCUGGUUGUGUUCUUUUGUAAAUAUGGAUCACCUUGUAUGUUUACAUUUCUGUGAGCGAGUACUUUUUCCCUUCCUUCUCCAAAGUGGAUGAUUAUCAGUGUGAAUUUUUGUUCUUACUGAAUGUAAACACUGUAAAAACCAGGCUUAAUGAAUUUUGAGUGUGUACAUUUUAGUACAUAAAUUGUAUUUUGUAUAUAACAUGAAUGAAAUCAUAUUUUUACUGACA